AUGGAGAGUAGUGGAGACCACGGCCGCCGCCUCAAGCCGUUGCAGCCGUGGACGACGACGAUGCCGGCAGGCCACAACUUCAGCCUGGCCGCUGGCUGCUUCCCGUGGCCGCCGCCACUGCCGUCGUCCUGCUACACCUGCGGGUACUGCAGGCGGGAGUUCCGGUCGGCGCAGGCGCUGGGCGGCCACAUGAACGUCCACCGGAGGGACAGGGCCAGGCUCCGGCAGUGCUGCUCGGCGGCCUCGGCAGCGCACGGUCCAUCUUCCCUUCCGAGCCCCAGCCUGAUGACCGCGCACCACCAGCACAGCAGAGCUCCGCUUCCCAACCUCAACUUCUCGCCGCCGCACCGCGCCGCCGGCGGCUCGAUGGCUGCCGCCGACCCCGUCAUCUACAGCUUCUUCUCGGCGACCACGACGUCGGCCGCCGCUGCGGCCACGAAUAAGGCGGCCCUUGAGGUGAGCUUGGAGCUGGGGAUUGGGGUCUGCGGCUGCGGCAGCGGCCGUGGUGGUGGUGUUGUCGAGGAGGACGGGCUGGAUCUUGAGCUCAGGCUCGGGUGCGCCUGGGAGUGA